UUCUCGAACAUUCCUAUUAACCUUUCAUCGUCUUCCACAUUUUGCCGAAACUCUCAGAUCGGUCAUAUCUCCUUGUGGUUCAUCAUCGUGAGCAUCUCUGUCUUUCGGGGUCUCUGCCAUGGCGACAAANNAGAGCGUCUCGACGUUGAAGGAGGCUGAUUUGAAGGGGAAGCGAGUGUUCGUUAGGGUUGAUCUCAACGUUCCUCUCGACGAUCACUCAAACAUCACCGAUGACACCAGGAUCCGUGCCGCUGUUCCCACAAUCAAGUAUUUGAUGAGCAAUGGAGCUAGGGUUAUCCUCUGCAGUCACCUGGGUCGCCCGAAAGGUGUUACACCAAAGUACAGCUUGAAGCCUCUUGUGCCUAGGCUGUCUGAGCUUCUCGGUGUUGAGGUUAAGAUGGCAAAUGACUCCAUCGGUGAAGAAGUUGAGACAUUGGUAGCUGGGCUUUCCGAGGGUGGUGUUUUGCUAUUGGAGAAUGUCAGGUUCUACAAGGAGGAAGAGAAGAAUGACCCUGAAUUCGCCAAGAAACUUGCUGCCCUUGCCGACGUCUAUGUAAAUGAUGCUUUCGGAACCGCUCACAGAGCUCAUGCUUCUACGGAGGGAGUUGCCAAGUACUUGAAGCCUUCUGUUGCUGGUUUUCUCAUGCAGAAGGAACUCGAUUACCUUGUUGGAGCUGUGGCCAACCCCAAGAAGCCUUUUGCCGCCAUUGUUGGAGGGUCAAAGGUUUCAACAAAGAUCGGGGUCAUUGAAUCCCUCUUGGAAAAGGUUGACAUUCUCCUGCUUGGAGGAGGUAUGAUCUUCACGUUCUACAAGGCACAAGGCCACUCGGUCGGAUCAUCUCUCGUAGAAGAGGACAAGCUUGAGCUAGCUAAAUCCCUCAUGGAGAAGGCAAAAGCUAAAGGGGUCUCUCUACUUCUCCCCAGCGACGUUGUUAUCGCGAACAAAUUCGCCGCCGAUGCUGACAGCAAGGUAGUGUCAGCUUCGGACAUCCCAGACGGCUGGAUGGGUCUGGACAUAGGACCCGAUUCCAUCAAGACAUUCGGGGAAGCUCUGGACACAACCCAAACCAUCAUCUGGAACGGCCCGAUGGGUGUCUUUGAAUUCGACAAGUUUGCUGUCGGGACUGAGACCAUCGCAAGGAAACUCGCCGAGCUGAGCGGGAAGGGGGUGACGACAAUCAUAGGAGGUGGAGACUCGGUAGCGGCCGUGGAGAAGGUGGGUCUGGCUGAUAAGAUGAGCCACAUUUCCACCGGAGGUGGUGCCAGCUUAGAGCUUCUGGAAGGGAAGCAACUCCCAGGUGUUCUUGCACUGGACGACGCUUGAAAGGUUCGACUUUUAUAAGAAAUAGUAAUGGUAAAAAGCUGAGAUUCCUCUGCCUGCUCAUUUGAGUUUUUGGUUCGAGCUGAGAGUUGGAAUAAGAGAUGAAAUGAAAACUCACCUUGUCAUUUCCGAGUUAUUGAGAUUCAUCUUGUGGAUGGAUUCAUCUUGUGUGUUUCCA